AUGUAUUAUGAAGAUUUAUUUAAACCUGGAACAGAACCUGUUAAACUUAUUAUAACAAAUUUAAAUGAUUCAAUAUCAGAUAAAAUUUUUUAUGAAUAUUUUUCAAGAUGGGGACAGAUAGGAAGUUUUAAAGUAAUGAGAGAUAUUAAAACAAAUCUUUGUCGUGGAUUUGGAUAUAUUACAUAUACUACUAAUACAUCAGCAAUAAAAUGUUUUCAUGAUAAUCCUCAUUCUAUUGGAAGUAAUAAAGUAAAUGUUUCUACAUUUAGAAUUGGUAAAACAAAUAUAGAUGAGGUAAUUGAUAAAAUGGAUAGUACUUGCAUAAUGUUAUCAUAUCCAUUAUCAUAUAGAAAAUUAAAAGAAGAAAAAGUAAAAGAAUAUUUUUCCAAAUAUCCUUCUUUCAAAUGUAUAGUUGAGGGAGGGUAUGGAUGUAGUUUUGUAUAUUUUAAUGAUCCAAAAGAUGUAAAUUUUAUUAUCUGUCAAGGUAAACUUACAAUAGAUGGUUGUAGUGUUAUCAUAAAAAAAGCCAUUAAGAAAGAGGCACUUUUACGAGAACAACAUAAGGAAGAUUGCAAAAUAACAAAAAUAGUUUAG